CUUCGGACGUUCACCACGUGAGGUCUCCAUUGUGAAGUUAACCUGUCAUUCUCGCCGGUUUUCAAAGUGAUUCUACCGUAAUAAAGUAACUUUACAAUCUUGAGGAUCAAAAAUUUACAAAGAGGAGAAUAGGACGAAAUAAUUUUCAGUAAAAACGUGAGAUUUCAAUUUGCUUCGCUUGUAGAACGCUGUUAAUGACAGAACUCGCUGUUAUUCCGUCACCAUUGCUGUAUAUAUCGAUUAAUUAAACUGGGAACAAUCAGUCUUGUCAACUGUGUACCUGUGGACAAUUAAUCAAUAUUCAAACGUUUACAAUAAUUUGUACAAAGGCAUAAAUCAAAGAUGGCACGAAAUGCAGAGAAGGCUAUGACGACGCUUGCCCGUUGGAGAGCAGCGCAGAACAACGAAGGGACGAGGAAGGAGCAGGAGCGGCGGCCGUAUCUGGCCUCGGAGUGCCGGGACUUGCGCAAGGCGGAGAAAUGGCGGAUGCAGAUAAUUCGGGAGAUCGCGAAGAAGGUUGCCCAGAUCCAGAACGCCGGGCUCGGCGAGUUUCGCAUACGCGAUCUGAACGACGAGAUUAACAAGCUGCUCCGAGAGAAGCGGCACUGGGAGGCGCAGAUAAAGGAGCUGGGCGGGCCCGACUACUCCAGGGUCGGGCCUCGCAUGCUGGAUCACGAGGGACGCGAGGUCCCCGGUAACCGCGGUUACAAGUAUUUCGGCGCUGCCAAAGAGUUGCCGGGCGUUCGUGAGUUGUUCGAGCAGGAGCCGCCGCCGCCGCCCCGUAAGACCCGCGCGGAGCUGAUGAAGGACAUCGACGCGGACUACUACGGCUACAUGGACGACGACGACGGCAUCCUGAUACCGCUGGAGCAGCGGGCCGAGCAGGAGGCGAGGGAGCGUUGCAUCCGGGAGUGGACGACGCGGAAGGAGAAGGAGCCGGAGGUCGAGAUCGAGACGACGGCGCAGAAACUGAUCCCGUCGCAGCAGGACAUUCAGGAGGCCCUGCUGGUCAGGAAGAAGAAGGAGCUGCUGGAGAAGUAUGGGCUGGACUGAGUUCAGGACAGGAGGUUGGCGCCUCGAGAAUGUACAGACUUGCGAGAGAUGUCGCGAUUGCGAUAUUAACUAUUGAUAAAUUUAUUAUUUAGUUUAAUUAUAAUAUUAGAAUACAUUUUUAUAUAAAACGCGAUGAAUAUAAUAAUCAUUAUUUAAUUUAUAAGCACGUAAUAACAUUGAUUAAGAUAAUUAGUUUGUGCAGUAGACAUUCAAACUUGAAUGCUUAUCAAGAGAAAACGGGUGCCGUAGAUGAAAAUAUAGAUAAAAAUCCAAGGGGGUAGUCUGUUUAUAAUCCUCGCGAUAUCCAUCUCUCCACCGAUUAUUUUUCGUCGUCCUUCGCAACGGAGACUGUAUAGGCGAGAUGCUUGUUCCGCAAUAAAAAUAGAACAGUGUAGACACACGUUACGCUGUAAGAAAGAAAUCUAGAUAUCGCGUGCCUUCAUUCUUUUUUUUUGUUCGCAAAUGCAUCGCUGGAAUGUCGAAAAGUAUAUAUACGCGCGGCUCUUCAAAGUUUGACCUUUGGCUCUCCUAUCCUCUCGAUACGGCAAGCAUCUAUCAACGAAUAAAUCCUAUCUAAUUUCUGCAACACGUUCGUAAAACUCUAGAAUAGAUUCGAAAACAGGAAAAUAGCGUUAACUUUAUAUCACACACGCUCGUAAAACUCUAGAUUAAAAAUAUAAAUAACAGAAAACAUAAUUCUCACUUCAUAUCACGCAUGAAUUUCAAGUUGCCCUUACCUCAUUCCUAAAACAAUUCCGCUUCGGUCGAAAACGUUAGAAAUAAAUAAAAAGUGAUACAAAGUUUUAACGACGUUUAU